AGGGGUAUAAAUGAGUCUGCUCGGCCGACGCGGCACGUCCUCUGAGCGGUCGGGUCCCCAGAGCCCACCCGUGACCAUGGAGGCCAGAGUGCUCUGGCUGCUGGCAUUUGUCCUGGCCUUGGGGUCCUCCAGCUUGGCUGACGAGUAUGUGGGCCUGUCGGAGAACCUGUGUGCUGUGCCGGCCAAGAACAGGGUGGACUGUGGCUACCCUGAGAUCAGCCCCGAGCAGUGUGUCAACAGGGGCUGCUGCUUUGACUCCAGCAUCCCCGAGGUGCCUUGGUGCUUCAAGCCUCUGCAGGACACAGAAUGCACAUUUUGAAGCGACGCCCACCGGCCCCGGACACCCUGGAAUGCGACCUUCUGUGCUCCGGGGGACCCUGCCUGCGUCCUCUGCGGGGCCGGCCGCGGCCGCUCCUCCCUGCUUUUCUCCCACCCUGCUCCUGGCAAGCCCUUCCGCUGAAAGCUGAUGCCUGGGGCCUGAUGGCUUAACGAAUAAAGAUCCUGUGCUCAGCAUGAGGGCUGCUCCUCAUUCCCGAGA